AAGAACAAUACUACUAACAGAGCCUUCUCAAGAGAUGUUUCGAUUCAAUUUCCGUCGUGAAAUCUCCAAAUCUACCGGAAUUUAUCACCGGAAAAUCCACAGCGGUCUAGAAGAUGCCGGUCCGAUGGCGUCUCGGCUUAAAUCACGUUCCGUUGUCCGGUUUAGCGGACCGGAUACGGUGAAGUUUCUUCAAGGUUUGUUAACCAACGAUGUAAGAAGAUUCGGCGAAUCCUCCGGCGAGAAGAACUCAGCGGUUCCUACGCCGAACAUGGCUUCUGUUUCGACUCCGCCUAUGUACGCGGCGUUGUUAACUCCUCAAGGAAGGUUUCUAUACGAUUUUUUCUUGUAUAGCCCUUCGAAAUCCGAGGAAAAGCUUAAUCGGACUGGUUCAGGACCCGGGUCGGAUUCGGGUCUUGAUGGGUCGGUUGAGUUGUUUGCUGAUGUUGAUGUUGAUGUCCUCGAUGAAUUGCUUGAAACUCUCAAAAAGUAUCGGUUGAGGUCCAAAGUGGAUAUAGAAAACGUUGGAGAGGAGUUUUCGUGUUGGCAGCGAUACGGUAGGAAUCUUUCUGGAUCAUCAUCUGUCGGUUGGGGCGGUGGUGUUGAUCGUGCUGGUGAAUCUACAGCUAGUGGUAAUAAGUAUGGAUGGCAAUGGUAUAAGGAUCCGAGGUUGGAGUGUCUCGGUUAUAGGAGUAUCUUUCCGUCCGAUGCAACCCCUCCUUUAGUUGAAGCAGAUAAAGAAACAGAUGAAAGCAAUUACCUUUUAUGGAGAUUAGAGCAUGGAGUUGCCGAAGGAUCAGCUGAAAUCCCUAAAGGUGAAGCAAUUCCGCUUGAAUAUAAUUUUGUUGGUCUUAAAGCGAUAAGCUUUGACAAAGGCUGUUAUGUUGGCCAAGAGCUUAUAGCUCGUACCCAUCACCGAGGUGUCAUCCGCAAACGCUUAAUCCCAUUACGAUUCAUCGAUAGCAAUGGAAAAGAGGUAAACCAGAAGAUCGCGGCUGGAGCUGAAGUAGUUGAAUCAGGAACGGGCAAGAAAAUGGGAACGGUUUCAACGGCUUUGGGUAGCCGGGGAAUGGGUGUAAUGAGGGUCGAGGAAGCCUUUAAACCAUCAGCUGAAUUAACAGUAAAGGACUCGGGGGACGUGAAAGUCGAGGCAAUCAGACCAACAUGGUGGCCGGCUGAAUGGUUUCAACAGAAUCAUUCAGGAGUUGCUGCAGCGUAGUAACUACAUAAGAGGCGUCGUUUGUUUGCAGAGACGGCUCUGGCUGUUUAAGGAAUCUUCCGUACUCUUUUCCGUUUGUUUCCUUGUAACGCCGUUAAAGUCUCCAUAUAUAAGAGACCUGUGUACGUUCGCGCUCAUGAGAGAGCCUUGUAAAACUAUUUAGGGCUUUUGUUUUUAGAGUUUUUCUGUGCACACAAGGUGUUCGACGAAUUGACUGUUAGAC